AUGCUACUCGCAUGGAAUGCAAUAAAACAGAGCUUCAAGGAUAUCAGUUAUCUGGCUGUGGAUGUUUUCGUAACUGGUGAAAGGGAUGGCCUUCGAAGAACUCUCACCCUCCUCCUCGCCUGUAGCUUCUCCAGCCUCCUGCUCAGCUCCCUGCUCCUCCUGUACCUCGUCUUCACCCUGAACUACGAGCUAGCGGUGGCGCGAUGGGUCUCCGGCUGCUUCGGGACGCUACUCACACUUGCCCUCUUUCUAUCAAAGAGAGUAAGGUGCUUUGGGACUCUUUUUGUCAUCUCCAUUUUCAUGAAGAAAAGUCGGAACCUGCUCCUGACCGCCGGGACUAGUUUGGUGGUUCUUAGAAACAUCCGUAACACCUUGGAGAACAUAACAGGCCUGGUCAGGAGUAUGCUUUGCAACCUGAAGGCUAAGAAAGCCGCAAUGCUCGCUCCGUUCAGUAACUAUGUCAAGAUGUUGAAGUGGAUAGGAAACAUGCUCAAAGGGGUGACAGACUUAGGGGUGGUGAACCUUGACUCCCAACUCAAAGUUUCACCCAGACUGGAAUCAGACGAACUCAGGGGGAAGCUCAGCGAAGCAGAGAAGCAGCUGAAUGAAACUGUGAAGUAUGUGCAGUCCGUGAUGAACACGGUGUCCUCUGUGAGCGACAAGGCGUUUCCUGCCAUCAGCUUCCUCGUGCUCACGAUGUUUAUAGUGCUGCACAUUAGGAAAUACUGCAGUGACAUGAAGUAUGAAAACAGGUUCGUGAGCAGCGGAUUCGUUCGCUUUGACGAGAAGCAGAAGUCGCAAGGAAAGCCCCACGUCCUCCCCCUGACUCCAGAGGAAGAGAAGCUGUACACCGCUGUCCCCUCGGCCCGUCCCACCCCCAGAGAGGGGAGAGCUUUGCUGAAAUUUGGUGUUCCAGUCGUCUCCCAUUUUAUAGCUUGGGUCAUAUUUAUAACCGUGGAUGCCUUGUUGUACUGCUUUGUCGAUAUUGUAACAACAAAGUUAUCAGAGCUGGAACCAUUCCAUGUCCCGUUGUUAAUAAGCAUCAAAGGAAUUGCAACUUUAAUAGGUAUACCACUUGUUGAGGAAAACCACCAAAAUGAUUUUUCCUACUCUGUGAGUCUUUUUGAGAAGAAGUGUCUUCCUAAACCCAAGCUGCUGCUCUACACCUCUGUGGUUCCUUUGGGUGCCAUCCUGCUCACCCUGCUCAUCAUGGCUCUGAUGGCCGCCAAAGUGGCCCAGCUCAGGCUCAUGGUCUGUGAGCGGUUCUUCUCCACCGCUGCGGAGGAGAGAGCGGAAUACCUGCACGCCAAAAUCCUGAGGAAGAGGGGAAAAAAGAGGAAGGGGAAAAACAACUGCAGCUUCACGUCGCUUUAUUUUAAGCCACAUUUCUGGUGUCCACUGCUCUUCAGACCCAAAGAGGAUCCACAACAUAUCGUGUGAGGAUGUAAUUUUUGGUCCUGCUUCAUGGUUUUAUUUCCAUUUAUUCUAUGAAUAGCAAGUCGUAUGAAAACAAUAGUUCUACUGAGGACAACUUUGAUCAAAGGAUUAUGCCUUAACAUUUUUUUUACCUUUGGCCUUUUUACCUCAUCCUCCAGUCCUUGCACAUAGUUGGUGUCUGUCCAACUCUCUCACUGUCUCUCUGGAGACAAAUAAUAAUGACAAUAACUGCUGCAACAUCAUGCGGCACUGUAUGUAUAUCCAUUUAAUGUUUUGAUGUUGAUUAU